AGCCGCAGACAGCCGGACCACUCUCUCUUCUACCUGGGGCCAUGGGCUGCGCGCGCGCGCCGGGGGCUCGGCCACCACCAACGCCCCCAAUGCUGCUGCUGCUGCUGUCGCAGCUGCUGAUGUCCCCGACCGUGCGGGGUGACUGCGGCCCACCUCCAGAAAUACCCAAUGCCAUGACAGAAGUGGAUAAAGGCAGCACUUUUCCAGAGAACAGCUUUGUGACAUAUUCAUGCAUUAAAGGCUUUCAAAAAAUUCCAGACAAGGAAAACACAGCGUUCUGCCUUAAAAACGGUGUAUGGUCUAGCCUCGAAACAUUCUGUAAUAAAAGCUGUGAUGCUCCAACAAGGAUAUCUUUUGCAUCCCUCAAAAAAGAAUAUAUCAACAUGAAUUAUUUCCCAGUUGGUAGCACUGUGGAGUAUGAGUGUCGGCCAGGAUUUCAAAGACAACCUUUACUAUCAGGCAAAUCAACUUGCCAGGAGAAUUUAGAAUGGUCCAAAGUUGCUGAAAUUUGUAGAAAAAAAUCAUGUCCUAAUCCUGGAGAAAUAAAAAAUGGUCAUAUCAACAUAACAACCGACAUAUUAUUUGGUUCAGAAAUAUUCUUCUCAUGUGACACAGGGUACAGGCUAGUUGGUGUAUCCUCUGUCUACUGUUUUCUUAUGGAUAAUACCGUUGGCUGGAGUGACCCAUUUCCAAUAUGCACAGAAAUUUUGUGUUCAGAGCCACCAAAAAUUGACAAUGGAGCUAUCCGAGUGGAGAGUGACACUUAUGCAUAUAGACAUGUUGUCACCUAUGUUUGUGCCAAAGGCUUCAUCCUGGUUGGAAAGAGUUCCAUUUAUUGCACUGUGAACAAUGGCCAAGGAGAAUGGAGUGACCAGGCACCUCAGUGUAUAGAGAAAUCCAAGAUCCCAACAACUCCGAAAACAACAGUUAAUGUUCCAAGUACAAGAAUUCCAUUAACAUCUCAGAAACCCACCACAGCUAAAGUUCCAGCAACGCAGCAUGUACCUGCUACCAAGACAACCACACAUCAUCCCACAAGAACAUCUAAAGAGAACGAAAGGUCUACCUCAGAUGGUGGCCAUCUUAUAUAUGGCCAUACAUGUUUAAUAACCUUGACAGUUUUGCAUGCGAUGCUAUUACUCAUUGGCUAGUUGACUUAGCCAAAGAAGAGUAAAGAAGAGAAUAUAUACAACCACAGAGAAUACUUCUAGUUUGGUAGAAUGUCCAGGAGGAAUGGAUACAAUAAAUUGAAUAGUGUUCUUUGUUUGGCAUGCUAUCAUUGUCUUUAGGCUACGUUAGGAACCUUAACAAAACAAGAAGAAAGAUUGUAUGGAACUGUAUUCUCAAUGCACAUAAGUCACUCAAAAAUAUUUCAAAAUUAGAAAAUUCAUAACACUUUUCUGAAAGUGUGGGAAAAUGUACAGAUUUUUUUCCAUGCUUAGAGUUUGGAGAAAGGGAAAUCAAUAUUUCUUAUGCUAGAUCUAGCAUGUUAUUCUAGCUAACAAUGAAAUAAGGAAGCUAGAAAAACUAAUUAGAUUGCUAAGUAGAACAAAGACCCCAAACUAAAUCCCCUUCCCUCUAUGUAAAAUUGCCACAGAGAUGGAACAUCCUAAUUUAACCCUGGACCUGAAGGUGUUUUCAUUUGUACUUUCCGUGAAAAUGAGUUGGCAAAAUAUUAUAAAAGAAGAGCGUACUAACAAACCAGCUGUGGGAUGGGGAAUGAGGCUCACUUGGUAGAGAGCUUGCCUAAUAUGCAUAAUUGCCUCAUCACACAUCUGUAAUCCCAGUACUUGGGAGGUGAAGGGCAGAGAUUCAGAAAUUCAAGGUCAUUCUUGUUUACCUAGUGAGUUUCAGGUCAAUCUGGAAUGCCCGAGAUUCUGUCUCAAUAAACAGAGAUAGAUAGAUAGAUGGAUGGAUUAGAUAGAGACAGAUAGAUGAUAGCUAGUUAGUUAGAUGAUAGAUAGAUAAAUAAAUAGAUAGAAGAACAUUGAGCUUUUGACUAGGUUGAUACCAAAAGAAGAGGAGGUAGCUAAAGAUGAAUCUUCCUUCAAACAGGUCUGAGUCAGGAGUAGGUCACAGCUUUUGAUGAAGGAUAAGUUGCAGUUUUGUUCUCAGGGAAAUCCUUGUUUUGUUUUCUCCAGUGAAAAAGCCUUAGGAAGGUGUCUUCACUGGUCUUUAAAGGUGUCCAGAGCUAUCAUAACCUCUAUCUGAAAAGAUUUUGUACUUCUGUUCAUAGCCAAAUUGUAAAUCUUAUUCUUUUGUAGUAUUAAGAUAAAUCUAUUUAUAUUUAUUUAUAUCAGUGAACAUCUUGGUUUUAAAUGUAUAUCAAUAAGAUAUGUAAUAAAAAUAUUUCCUUUAAAUAGAAAUAAAUAAACGAUCCACA